GAGAGUGCGAGAGAUGAGACACGAGGAAGACGCCUUGUCUGAAGCUGGAUCUACCACUUCUUCCACUGUUAUGGAAAGCCUGAGUAGACUUGGGAACAGGGCAUGGAAAGGGAUGGUCAAUGAAGUGGAAGAUGAAGACCGUUCACCCUCUCCUGAUGAUCGUUUCGAGACGAGAGUGGAAGCACCACCCACUCUUACAGUCACAUCUCCGGUUUCAGAAACAUCGAAUUCCAAGUCAUUCUUCUCGUUCGGUGGGGGACUGGGCUCCAAGAUUACGGAGAGUGUCUGGAAAGGCAUGACAAACCAAGUGGACUCUCCAGAGCCUUCUCCCGAAGCAUCUCCAGUGCCAUCCCCAACUGUCCCCCGACACAGCGCAUCCAUUCCACCUAUUCAAAACCACCGCAUGGUAGCACCUAUACCCUCCUCGACACCCGAACAGAACGCCUCAACCACAUGGUCUGGUGACGGAGCAGCCUCGUGGGCCAAGGGUUAUGCUAGCAAAUUAUGGAAUUCCAACACUGCUUCUAGCCUGUCAAGAGCCGGUACAGUGUUGAAAAAUAGGGCCUCCGACGCAUGGAGCCAAGGCUCAGUCUCUGAGGCUGAACCACGAUCCACGACUCAUUCACCCAGCCAGUCCAUCCAGUUCGACAAGAGGAGUUCAGCCGGUUCCUCUCGAGCAGACGGCUUCGCCUCUCCA